AUGGCUUCAUAUAAAUCUGGUAAACGUCAAGUCGACAAUGAUACUUCAGGUUCAGACUCUGAAAUGGAAGUUAAAAAACGUAAACGUGUUGACUUCAACGAACUUUUCUCGAUCAAGUUAUCACCUUUCCAUAAAUAUCAUUGUGCUCUAACUAAUGGAAAAGCGGAAAAAGAUGAUAUUCUCUUUGUCAAUAUCCGUGAUGGAUAUUCUGUUUAUGGCGCUGGUAAAGGUUUGGUACUUGGUUAUCAAGAGAUUGUCCAUAUUGAACAAAAUCUCAACUACACGGAACCUCUACCAAAAUUCAAAGCUACUGGUUUACGACUCACUGGUAAACCGAAAAAUGGCAAAUAUAAUUCACUCGACAAAAGUGAUAAAAACUAUUCUCAACCUCCCGAUAACAGUGGUUGCUGGGCUUUAUCGAAUCAUCCCAUCAAUUCGAUUCAUAAUGAAACAAUCAUCAAACUUGGAGAAGAUCAUCACCGAGAUCAUCACCGAGAUCAUCAUGAGAUCAUCACCGAGAUCAUCACCGAGAUCAUCACCAGAUCAUCACCGAGAUCAUCACCAUCAAAAUCAUCUUCUUCUUCAUCAUCGUCUUCACAAUCAUCACCUUCAUCGUUUUCUUCUUCUUCAUCUUCUUCUAAUUCAUCAUCAUCAGAAUCUUCCUCAUCACCAUCUAAAUCAUCUUCAUCGUUUUCUUCGUCUUCAUCUUCUUCUCCAUCCUCAUUUUCAUCACCAUCAAGAUCAUCACCGAGAUCAUCACCGAGAUCAUCACCGAGACCAUCGCCGAGACCAUCGCCGAGAUCAUCACCGAGAUCAUCACCGAGAUCAUCACCGAGAUCAUCACCGAGAUCAUCAUCGAGAUCAGCACCAUUACUUUCAACAUCUUCUUCUCCACCAUCACAAUCAUCACCAUCACAAUCAUCACCAUCACUUUCAUCUUCUUCUUCUUCUCCAUCUUGUUCAUCUUCAUCUUCUUCUACAUCAUCAGAAUCAUCGCCAUCACUUUCA